CAUGACCUGCAGACGUGGAAUUCCUCUUCGGAGAUAUUCAGUGCCUCCAUAAAAGAGACGGGUGUCAUUACAGCCCACGAAGUGUUUCUGUCCAGAACGAUCUAGGCAGAGCUCAUCAUCAUCAUGACUCGUUUGACGCUGCUGCUUGUCUUACCCGGCAUAUGGCUCCUGCUGCUGUUGCUGCUGGCUGGCACCGAGUGUGUUCCGAGGACGACAGAGGCACCGGCACCGGACCGCAAUGAAUCCACUUUCCCACCGCAGACAACAAAGAAAUGGUACGAAAAACCUCGACUACGACAGUUGAUGAGUUGCAGCGUCGACACAGGUCGAAUAGUGGCGUUCUCUGGUGAACUAGGGAUAGGAUCUAUUGGAGGAACCUACAACGAUAACGAGUAUUGUGUCUGGGAGAUCGAGGUUCCUGAGGGGCUGGUAAUUCAAUUCACCUGGGAUUACUUCGACCUAGAGGGCCCAGAUUCUUCGUGCCCUUUUGACUACGUUGACAUUUCUGAAUAUGCAACUGGAGAGAGCUUGACCGGAAGGAUUUGUGGCAGUGAGAUUCCACCGUCUGUAAGAAGCCGAAGUAAUUUGGUUGUGGUGACGUUCAGCAGCGAUUCUUCUGUAGUCUACCAAGGAUUCUGGCUUCAUUUUGAAGCUAUCGCAUUAUCAUCGUCAUCCUCAUCGUCUUCGUCUUCGUCUUCGUCAUCGUUAUCAUCGUCAUCGUCAUGGUCGGAGAACCAUAACGGUCGAAUAGUGGCGUUCUCAGGUGAAAUUGGGAUAGGAUCCAUUGGAGGAGGCUACAACGAUAACGAAUAUUAUGUCUGGGUGAUCCAUGUGCCAUGUACCUGCGAAAUUCGAUUCACUUGGGCGUUCUUUGAUCUAGAGGGUCCAAGUCCUUGGUGCCCUUAUGACUACGUUGAAAUUCUUGAUUAUGCAACUGGAGAGAGCUUGACCGGAAGGCUUUGUGGCAGCGAGAUUCCACCGCCUGUUAUAAGCCCUGGUAACAUGGUUGAAGUGAUUUUCGUCAGCGAUGGUUCUGUAACUUUCCAAGGGUUCGGGCUUCAGUUUGAAGCUGUUCCUGUUCAUUCUUAUUCCACGUUACCAUCAUCAUCGUCGUCGUCAUCGUCAUCGUCAUCGUCAUCGUCAUCAUUAUGGUUGGAGCAACUUAGUGUCCACGAAGUGUUCGUGUCCACAAGGCUCUGGGCAGAACUCAUCAUCAUGACUCGGAUGACGAUGCUGCUUGCCUUACCCGGCAUUUUGGUUCUUCUGCUGCUGGCUGGCAUUGAGUGUGCUCCAAAGACGACAGAGGCACCGGAAAAACAUCCAGAGACAUCGGGCCACAUUGAAUCUACUUUCCCUCCAAAGACAACAGAGAAAUGGCACGAAAAACCUCAACAGCGACAGGGAAUGAACUGCAGCGUCGUCAACGCAGGUCAAGUAAUGGCAUCCUCAGGUGAAAUCGGGAUAGGAUCUAUCGGAGGAAGCUACAACGAUAACGAGUAUUGUGUCUGGGAGAUCCAGGUUCCCGAGGGACUGAUAAUUAAAUUCACAUGGGAUUACUUAGACAUAGAGGGUCCAAGUCCCGGAUGCCCCUAUGAUUACGUUAACAUUUUCGAUUAUGAAUCUGGGGAGAGCUUGACCGGAAGGAUUUGCGGCAGCAGUAUUCCACAGUCUCUAAGAAGCCGCAGUAACAUUGUCAGGGUGACUUUCAGCAGCGAUUCUUCUGUGACACUACAGGGAUUCCGGCUUCAGUUUGAGGAAACAUCAGAUCAAAAUGAAACAACCGUACCAACAGAGACAUCAUCAACGGACUGGUAUGAAACAACUCAACUUCCACAGAUGAACUGCAGUGUCGAUACAGGUCGAAUAGUGGCGUCCUCAGGUGAAAUCGGGAUAGGAUCUAUCGGAGGAACCUACAACGAUAACGAGUAUUGUGUCUGGGAGAUCGAGGUUCCCGAGGGACUGGUAAUUAGAUUCACAUGGGAUUACUUCGACGUAGAGGGUCCAAGUCCCGGAUGCCCUUAUGAUUACGUUGACAUUUCCGAGUAUGAAUCUGGGGAGAGCUUGAUUGGAAGGAUUUGUGGCAGCAGUAUUCCAGAGUCUCUGAGGAGCCGCAGUAACAUUGUCAGGGUGACUUUCAGCAGCGAUUCUUCUGUGACGUUACAGGGAUUCCGGCUUCAAUUUGAAGAAACGUUAGAUCAAUAUGAAACAACCGUAACAACAGAGACAACAUCAACGGAAUGGUAUGAAACAACUCAACCUCCACAGAUGAACUGCAGUGUCGAUACAGGUCGAAUAGUGGCGUCCUCAGGUGAAAUCGGGAUAGGAUCUAUCGGAGGAAGCUACAACGAUAACGAGUAUUGUGUUUGGGAGAUCGAGGUUCCCGAGGGACUGAUAAUUAGAUUCACAUGGGAUUACUUAGACGUAGAGGGUCCAAGUCCCGGAUGCGCUUAUGAUUACGUUAGCAUUUCCGAGUAUGAAUCUGGGGAGAGCUUGACUGGAAGGAUUUGUGGCAGCAGUAUUCCAGAGUCUCUGAGGAGCCGCAGUAACAUUGUCAGGGUGACUUUCAGCAGCGAUUCUUCUGUGACGUUACAGGGAUUCCGACUUCAAUUUGAAGGAACGUCAGAUCAAUAUGAAACAACCGAAACAACAGAGACAACAUCAACUCAACUUCCACAGAUGACCUGCAGUGUCGAUACAGGUCGAAUAGUGGCGACCUCAGGUGAAAUAGGGAUUGGAUCUGUUGGAGGAAGCUACAACGAUAACGAAAAUUGCGUCUGGGAGAUCGAGGUUCCUGAGGGAAUGGAAAUUCAAUUCACGUGGGAUUACUUCGACGUUGAGGGUCCAAGUCCCGGAUGCCCUUAUGAUUACGUUGACAUUUCCGAGUCGUCUGUAUUUGGGGAGAGCUUGACCGGAAGGAUUUGUGGCAGCAGUAUUCCAGAGUCUCUGAGAAGCAGCAGUAACAUUGUCAGGGUGACUUUCAGCAGCGAUUCUUCUGUGACGUUACAGGGAUUCAAACUUAAUUUCCAAGCUAUUCUAGGUGGUGUAUUUGUAAUGUCGUAAGGCAACGGAAAAAAAAGACUGUAGUUCCCAAGUCAACUGUUCCUGACAAGUCGACACACGAGUAAAGCAAGCAAGAAAAACCGUUUGGUGGAGCUGGUGGACGCGAGAGGUCUCAUAACAACUGGAGAUCUGAAAAACACCUUUCUAAGGCCUGACGUCACACCUGAGCUGCUACUGCAUACAAUGGCUGCUUGAAAUAACAAGAAAUGAUUUGAUUCAAGACGGCUUAACUUUCACUGGCACCUUAUUUUCAAUAGGUUCGUGUAACCAUUAUGCACUGAAGAACUAUAAUGGCUAGGUUUAAAUUAUAAUCCCUGAAGAACUAUAAUGACUAAGUUUAAAUUAUAAUCCCUGAAGAAC